AUGAAUGAUUACGAACAAGUGAAAACCCUUGGCGAAGGAGGUUACGGCAAGGCUAUACUUGUAAGGCGCAAGAAAGACAAUCAGAUGUUCGUUAUAAAGAGCGUAAAAUUGAAAGGCUUAAAAGAAGAAGAGAAAAAGGAAGCUUUAUACGAAGUUCAAGUCUUAUCUUAUCUCAGGCACCCAAAUAUUAUCACAUAUAUCGACAGUUUUCAAGAGAAAGAGGUAUUGCACAUCGUUAUGGAAUACGCUGAUGCAGGAGAUCUCGGCACCAAAGUUCAAAAACAAGGGAGAACUCUAUUUUCCGAGGACUAUAUUCUAAAUAUAUUCACGCAAAUUGCAUUAGCAAUCAAAUACAUGCAUGAUCGAAAAAUUUUACACCGCGAUCUGAAAUUGCAGAAUAUAUUCCUUAUGAAGUCAGGAAUUGCAAAACUUGGCGACUUUGGCAUCGCUAAAGCACUCGACAAAACGAAUCAGUUCUUAAAAACACAGAUUGGAACUCCAUAUUACCUUUCGCCUGAAAUUUGCGAGGGUAAAAACUAUAAUACUAAGACAGAUAUAUGGUCAUUAGGCUGUAUCCUUUACGAAAUGUGCACUCUUCGCCAUGCAUUUGAAGGAAGAAAUAUAAAUAACUUACUUGUCAAUAUUAUUCGCGGGCAAUUUACACCAAUAAGCAACCAAUACAGCCAGGAUCUCCGCAAUCUCGUAUCUUCGAUGCUUUCAAAAGAUCCAAAUAAUCGUCCUUCCGCAAACCAGAUUUUAACAUUACCAUUCAUCAAAGCUCGUAUUACAUCCUUCCUUUCCGAAGUUGAAAUGCGAAGGGAAAUGGACCAUACAGUUUUCCACGGACAAGGCGCUUUUCAAGCUCCUGCAGUUCCUGAACCAAUUAACAAUACACCAGAAUACGUGAAGUCUCCACCCCCUCAGAAACCUGAAAUUCUGGUUCCUCAGAUCCAAAAACAGUCAACUGCUCGAAGAGUUUUACCAAAUUCGAAUCUCGACAAACCAGUUACUCCUCCUAAGCCAGCAAUGAGUGAUUCUGCAAGAAUGAGGUUCCAUGAAGAGGAAGGCAGGAGAAUGGUUGAAAGAGAAAGAAGAAUGAGGAUGAAAUACGAAAUGAUGAGGGAAGGAAACAGGCGUCCGAACGAUGAUGCCAACAGAAUUCAGCAAGAAAUGAUAGCAGCAGAGAAGCUCAGACAAGAACAAGAGCAAAGAUUGCGUGCAAAUCAAUAUCGACCAAGUCCAGGUUUAUUAAACGACCCAGAGGACUUAAGGAAGCAAGAAUUAAUACGAAAGAACGAAUUGCAAAGACAACAAGACAUGAUUCGUCAGCAAGAAUAUCUAAAACAGCAAGAAUUACAAAGACAACAAGAAAUACAAAGACAGCAAGAACUUCAAAGACAACAGGAAAUACAAAGGCAGCAGGAACUUCAACGACAACAAGAAUAUCAGCGCCAACAAGAGUUACAACGUCAACAAGAAAUAUAUCGACAACAAGAACUCCUCAAACAACAAGAUUUACGACAGAAAGAAUUACAGAGGCAGCAGGAGUUGCAGCGUCAGCAAGAAUUAAUUCGCCAACAAGAGUACAUGAAACAACAGGAAAUCGAAAGAAUCAAAAUCCUACAGCAACAAGAGAAAGAGAAGCAAAAACUACUAGAACAACAAGAGAUGAAGCGUCGUGCGGAGGAAGAAAGGAGAUUGAUGAUGGAAGAAGAAAGAAGACGCCAAAUGAUUCAGCAACAAAACGAAUUAAAGAGAAGACAAGAAGAAGAAAAGCGUCUGGAAGAAGAGAGAAGACGUCGCGAGGAAGAAAGAAGAAUGCAAUUGGAAAGACAAAGAUUAGAAAUGCAAAGAGAAAGGGAAGAAAAGGAAAGAAGACGAAUGGAAGUCGAAAGAGCAAGGCAGGCUGAAUAUGAAAGGCAAAUGCAGCUAAAGAGAGAAGAAGAAAUCAGAAGAGCUGAAGAAAGAAACAGAUAUGAGGCCGAACUCGAAGCACAAAAGAGAGCAGCUCGACAGGAAUUCGAGGAAAGAGAAAGGAUGAAGAGAGAACAGCUAGAAAGAGCUAGAAAGCAAGCAGAAGAGAAAUGGCUGGAAGCAGCUGAAAAUGCUAAGAAAGAAAAACGAAUGAGGAACGAACAGAAGAGAAGAAUGGGCCAACAGAAACCAUUAUCUCCAUUACAAUCUCCUAGACAACCUCCACAUGUCUUGAUUCAAGAACCACCUUCUCCGAAAUCAUAUAGAAACAAUCCAAGAAUGUAUGAUUAUAAGCAGAGAUGGUCACAAAUUGAUAACCAGGCUGCUCAGUUACAAAGAGAUAUCGGAAACAGAAGAUUACAAGAAAUUUCAAUGUCUUAUAACAAUGUUAGGAACUAUCAACCUCCUCAAGUGAAUAGACCAGUCUACCAGAUGUAUUCUGAUGCUGAUAUUGUUGAUUCUCUGAAGGCCGGAUUAAAUAUCGAUCCAAAUCAGGCCCAAGGAGGAUUUGAAGAAAGAGUUCCUAUAUAUUGCAAUGGACAGGAACUUAAUUUGCCUGUUGCAAACGAUGUACAGUCGAUGAUGUCAAGAGCUGAAGCUAUUCGCGAUAGAUUAGUUAGACAUAUUGGUCAGGAUAAGAUGGUUGCACUUAGAAACCAAAUGCUUGGAAUAGGGGCACAAGGCCAACCGAUAAAAGUUGAUCCAAUGACUAAUAAUUUAAUGAUGCAAUUAUUAUAUUUAGAUGGCUCAAUAGAAAGCGGUGUAUAA